AUGUCGGCAGCUUUCUUGAUCGCAUUCACUUUGCACGACGAAGCUUUAAGUCGCACCCCGAACCAAGCACCACUUUCGCUUCAAUUCUUCCGAGAAAAUACAGGCACUGGACAAGAACACCCGCAAAUCCCGUUCUUCGCUCGCGCAGACUCGGUCGGAAUCCCACCUCGACUCUUGGUGGCGCAUCGCACCGAUCGUCGUUCAUUAACCUACCCUCCGACCCAAUACCCCCUCCUCGACCCCCCAUUUCUCGCUUUCAACAUGCUUCCUACGAUCGUUCAGCACUCGCCCCUCGCGGUUGCCAUCGCGAAUGCCUGCCAGCCCAAGGUGGUGGAGAUGGGCUGGGAGGUCGAUGGUAACCAAGAGUCUGCUUUGAUCGAUUACAUUGUUCUCAUGCUGAUCAACGGCAAGUCACGAGAGCAACUCGCCAACGAGCUUUCCAACGAUUUCCUUGGCCUUGACGAAGGCGACACCCAAGCCCUCGAGUUCUCAAAUUGGCUCUUUGAUCAGGUCCAGAUUCUCAAUGAGCAGAUCAACGGACCUUCUGCGGGCUCGAACGGAGGCCAAACAGGCCAAGAAAAUGCUUCUGCACCUGCUCUGAACCCGGGGGCCACAGGCUUCCAAAUGCCUGGAGGUGAUGCUGGAGGCGACGCCGAGAUGGGCGAUGCCGGCGAUUCAAUGUUAGUAGAACCCCCAAGAUGGAGUUUGGAACCAACCACUCACAGUAUCCCCUCUUACAUUUUUAGCCCCCCAUCUGGACCAAAGGCUAUGCGCAAUGACCGAGGCGGCCGCGGCGGCCGGGGUCGUAUGUUCAACCAAAUUAACCAACACAUGAACCGUGGCGAUUCCGCUCUCCACCGCGUCCAGGGACAGCAAGGCGCCGGUCGCAUUGGAGGCAAUGGCCGUGGCGGAAUGAGGGGUAAUCGAAACAAUAUGGCUCGCGGUGGCCGCAACAUGAGUGGUCAUAUGGGCAUGCAGGGCAACAUGAUGUCCCCCGAGAACCAGUACCAGCUCAUGCAGAUGAUGGCAGACCAUGCCCAGAUGAUGUCUCAAAUGAUGCCUGGCUUCGUUCCGCCACCUGCCAUCAACCCCUCUUUCCAGAAUCCCGGCCAGCAAGGUCGCCCUCCCUUUGACCGUGCUCAGCGUGGUCGUGGUGGUAAGCGUGGACAAAACCAGCGCAACCGUGGCGGAGAGGGAGGUGAUGUCGACAUGGAUACGACAAUGGGUGGUGGUGAGCAAGGCGAAAAUGAGGGUGUCUGCCGGUUCAACCUUCGAUGCACUCGCGCCGACUGUGAGCUAGCCCAUCAGUCACCUGCCGCUCCGCCGGGCACCUCCAUUGACAUCACUGAUAACUGCUCAUUCGGCGCUGCCUGUAAGAACAGGAAGUGCACUGGGCGCCAUCCGUCACCGGCAGUCAAGUCUGCCCACCAAGCCGAAGAGAUGUGCCGAUUCUUCCCUCACUGCACCAACCCUCACUGCCACUUCAAGCACCCCAGCAUGCCACUUUGCCACAACGGAGCCGACUGCAAGACCGAGGGCUGCAAAUUCACCCAUCUUCAGACCCCCUGCAAGUUCAACCCGUGCAUGAACCGCAUCUGCCCGUACAAGCACGCAGAGGGCCAGCGCGGUAACAUCGGCGACAAGGUGUGGACUCCGAAAUCCGGCACACACGUCAGCGAGCGCAAGUUUGUUCAAGAUGAGAGCGCUCCUGAGGAGUUGAUCAAGCCCGACCAACCCGCCACCGAGGCUCCGACUGAGACUCAGAACAUGGAGACGACGGCUUGA